AAAGAAAAAAAUAAUUAUAUAUUAUAUAUACACACCUAUAUAAGCGAGUCUCGUCUGCCCUUCCUUUCUCUCUCUUCUUGUCCUCUCUCUCUCGUUCAAAAUCCCCAAAUCCCCAAAUCCAGUUUCUGAAUUCCAUUUUCGAACCCCAUCAAUGGCUACCCCAUCCCCACGCGAAGAGAACGUAUACGUGGCCAAGCUGGCCGAGCAAGCGGAGCGCUACGAGGAGAUGGUGGAGUUCAUGGAGAAGGUCGUCUCCUCCGUCCCCGAAGGCGAAGAACCCACAGUCGAAGAGCGCAACCUCCUCUCCGUCGCCUAUAAGAACGUGAUCGGCGCUCGCCGUGCCUCGUGGCGCAUCGUGUCGUCGAUCGAGCAGAAGGAGGAGAGCCGCGGCAACAGCGAUCACGUGGCCACCAUCAAGGACUACAGGGCACGGAUCGAGAACGAGCUCUCUAACAUCUGCGGUGGGAUUCUCAAGCUUCUUGACUCCAAGCUCGUGCCGUCGGCCAACGUCGGCGAUUCCAAGGUGUUUUAUCUGAAGAUGAAGGGAGAUUACCAUAGGUAUUUGGCUGAAUUCAAGACUGGAAAUGAGCGUAAGGAGGCUGCUGAGAAUACCCUCAAUGCCUAUAAGGCUGCUCAGGAUAUCGCGAACUCUGAGCUGGCUCCAACUCAUCCCAUCCGUUUAGGAUUGGCUUUGAACUUCUCUGUGUUUUACUACGAGAUUUUAAAUUCUCCCGAUCGGGCUUGCAAUCUUGCCAAGCAGGCUUUUGAUGAAGCCAUUGCAGAGCUGGAUACACUGGGAGAGGAUUCGUACAAGGAUAGCACUUUGAUAAUGCAACUUCUUCGUGAUAAUCUCACAUUGUGGACUUCAGAUAUGCAGGAUGACGGAGCAGAUGAGAUCAAAGAAGCAGCACCCAAGCCUCAGGCUGAGCAGCAGCAGUGAAGUUAAUUGUCCUUGGUGUUAUGUCUCCAGGCACCAUGAGCCUCUAGGAAUUCAUACCCUGAAUUAUGAAUUUUUGAGGCACUGCUAGAACUCUUGUGUGUUUUUUUUUUCUUUUUUCUCUUUAUGGUUUUUUUUUUUUUAGUGUUCAAGUACUCAGUUUCUAUAAAUGAUUGCUUGAGAAUGAAAGUUCUGAUUCUUCAUCUAUUCCCAUUGCGUAAUUCUUCGCA